GCAGAGGCAGAYGAUUACAAGGACUUGGUGUGGAGAGGGAUGAGGAGACGUGACUUCUCUCUCUACAAGGAGUAUGCCACUGAUAGAUGUCCUGAUUUCAAGGAUUAUCCCUGGUCGGAGAAGAAUGAGGUCGUGGCUGAGGAAGUGAAGGAGAUACGAGACAUGGUGAAGGGAUUAACGAUACAGGUUACAGAGAUUGUGACCGCCACAGGGGUCACCGCCUACCGGGACAAACCUGGAGGGCCCUAUUCACUUCGCUGGGACCGUAGGAACAACGAUCCCUGGAGGAGUGUCGAGGAUAGAAAUCCUCGGAUGCUGAUUAAUUAUCGUACGAGGGGAAGAGAGAGAGACGAUGAAUCAUGGCGACGAAGGGACGAUGAGAUAGACCGAGACCGCAGAGAUCGCGAGCUGUUUGUGCGAGCAAGGAGGCUAGAUGAUUACCCCCGAAGCCCUCGCUAUGAGGCCGAUCGGGGUAGAGGCGACUCCCGCGACCGAUGGGAGUUAGAACAGGGCCGACGAGAUGGAUAUAGGGACGACAGAUACGAGAGGUCGGGUCAAGAUGGCUACAGAGGAAGUAGAUAUGAGAGAGGAGAUCGAGACUCGGAACGACAAGAUGGGUCGCGCGGACGGUUUGAGCGCGGGGGAGAUGCGAGAGAGCAGCGCGACGAGUCGCGGGGAUGGUACAACCGAGGGGAUCGACGCGAUGAGACACGAGGACGAUAUGACUCGGGGGACCGCCGGAAUGAUUCGCGAGGGCGGUAUGAGCAAGGAGGGUCUGGAGGAGACCGGCGCAACGAUUCGCGUGGUCGGAAUGAGAGAGGGGGAUAUGGCGUCUCAUCAGAACCAUAUCCCAAGUCGCCUGACCCCAAGGCGGCUAGGAAUUCGAUCUCUAGAGGUGCAGACGACAGGGCAUCUACUCCCAGAAACUCAUGCGUCUACUGUAGAGGAGAAGAUCAUAUCAAGAGGGAUUGCCCGGCAGCGUUCAUUCAUAAACGAAGCGGUGAACGAACCUUCGGCAAGAGUACGAUACACUAACAUAUAUGUGCGUGUAUAUCCCUUUGUGUCUCGCUGUGCUGCGCUUCACUCACCAAAUACGACAAGCCAGCGGA